AUGAAAGGCUUCCUCAAAUUCUUACCUGUGAUUGGCUGGAUGUGGUGGUUUGCAGAGUAUGUAUUUUUAAAACGAAACUGGGACUCUGAUGUUCCUGUUUUGAAGAAGAGUUUGGAACGGUUGAAGGACUUUCCUAUACCAUUUUUUGUGAGUAUUUGCUUUGGGGAAUAGUGGAACCCAAUUUGUGAUGAGUGAGCACUGUAAGUCCUAUUAAAACUAUUAUGUCUUGUGUUUAGCUUGGUAUAUUCCCAGAAGGUACUCGUUUCACAGAAGCCAAACAUCUGAACAGUUUGGAAUUUACAAGGUCAAGAGGAUUGCCUGAAUUGCAACAUCAUCUUUUUCCAAGAACUAAAGGUGUUGCAAUUACUCUAAAAUAUCUUAAAGACGUAGGUAAGUUUCAGUGA